GAAUGAUAACAUUCGGCACUGAAUCACAGAGGUGAGGGAGGAACACACCUGUCCUGACUCUGCGCCCCCCACGUUACCUUCGCCCCGCCCCUCGCGGCCCCUCGCGGCCCCGGAGUUUCAGCUGCUGACGUCAGCAGGAGCACGAGGUGCCGCAGCUCAGAGGACGACGGUUGGCCGAUGGCCGAAGAAGGGAGAGCAAAUGAAAACUAAACAGACUGCACACGCGUACAACACCCGCGGGAGCUUCAUGAUAAAUGCUUAUCCAAGCACAUGGAAUACCUAAAACACCAAACACAGAGGGGCAGCCCUCAUCACUACCAGACCUUUCAUCUGAGCCACUUGCAGCUUCCAGCUUGCCCUCAGGAAGUCCAAACCUAGAGUGGGAGACCUCAUCACUAUCAGAACUUUCAUCUGAGCUACUUGAAGCUUCCAAGAUUUUGCUUACCAAAGAAUACCUGGAAUCAAUCUCCAAGGUGUCUGAUGGAUGGGAAGCCUCUAUGAGCUGCAUUGAAAGCAGUGGUGAUGAAUAUAUUCCAUCCAAAGACGUCACAGAGGACUUGUAGAAGAAAGACAUGGCCGAGCACUUCUUUAAAGAAAGAUAGACCCCCAAGAUCCAACAGAGGACAGCGGACCUCUGAUGAGCCCGGCAGUGUUGAGUGUGCCACCCCAGGACCCUCAAGAUCUAAGGAAAGACAGCGACCCGAGUCUGACAGUGGUGACCCUUAAGCAGAACCCUCAAAGAGGAGGAGUUGGUCAUUUACAGAGGUCCGUGCUGUGGAAAAGACACUAAUGGCCUUCAUAGAAUCUGGUAAAGUACCAGGAAAGUCGGAGUGCAUUGCCUGCAUUAAGGAAUCACCAGAAGCACUUAAAAAAAGAAACUGGACGGCGGUAAAGUUCUAUGUUUAAAACCAUAUCACUGCCAUUCAGCGUGAAAGUGCAAGAAGAAAUUAUUUUAAAUUAAGUUAUGUGUUGAUACAUGCGAUACUCUUUGUAUUUGUUAUAAUGUUUCAUGUUUUGAUGAUUCUUUUAAUCCUUUUAUCCCCCCUCCAAUCAUUUACCCCUCUUUCUUUUACCUCCCUCCCUUUUUUUCUGUCCUGUCCUUCCUCCUCUUCCUCCUUCUCAGAGUAGAGUUCUUGUUGUGCUCUGCUUCUCAUGAAGUACAGUUAAAAUGGAGGCAGAGUGAGGCUUGUUGAAUAAAAGUUUUGCUAAAAUAUGAGCUUAACUUGUCUUUCCCUUUUUUUACAGUAGGUCUAGGUUUUUUCCCACCAGAUGCGUUUGGAAGAAAACAUUGUGUCUGCACAUGAAGGCGGUAUCUGGUGCAGUUGAAAUUUAUAACCUGUCUUGUAAUGGGAGAGGUGACAGGACAGGCAGGACCUGCGGUUAUUUAAAACACACAGGGCUGUGGUAUCAUCGAAGUAUCAUCAGUGCUGUAAUCUUCCCGCCUCAGUGGAUUCUUUAAUCUUGUGAACAUUAUUCGCAGUGUAGGAGGAGGAGGGAGGGACAAGAUGUUUCCUCUGUGUAUGUUGGUGAUGUUGCUGUGUCUUCAGUGUGGAGGGGUCUGCAAUGCCAUUCAUAUAGUGCAGAUGGUGAACCUUCAGGUGGAGUACGGGGAGUCAACCAUCUUGCCCUGUAACGGCUCAGCCUACCUAGAGGAAGAAGGGAGUGUCCAUUGGGAGGCGAUGGGUGAGGAUGUGGCAAUUCUGCAGGGAGGGGAGCUAAGACAGGGGGACAAAUUUAAGGGCCGUGUCCAGCUGCCCUCAGAAGAGAAGCUCAGGGAAGGAGACUGGUCUGUGGUCCUUCAGCACACGAUGCUCACUGACACUGACAUGUACGAGUGCAUUUGGCAAGGAAAAAAAGCCAUAUCAAUAGUAUGGCUCACAAUCAUGGCGCCCCACGUUGAGCACUUCCUAGAGGUGCCUGUGGGUGACGUGGUGGUUCUAGCAUGCUAUAUUCAGAUCUCCAGAAGCCAGUCCCCCAACGAUCUGCAAGUCUGGUGGACCAGGAAUGGCAGCACUAUAGUGUCAAUAGAAAAGGAGGCUUUGUUCUAUACUGCUGUGGUGUCUAAUUCUGAAGAUAUAUCUCGGAUCGAUCUAUUCGUUGAUACUAAAGAAGCAUUUCAUCUUUAUAUAACCCGAACAAUGAUGAGUGACAAUGGAGAAUACCGCUGUUUGUAUAAAACCAGGGAUUCUGAUGAUCCCAGGCCUGGGAUACCAGAGAGUAUCACAUUGACUGUGCUAGAAACAAACCCUACAGAUACUGUUUUUCAUCCUGAAGAGACAACCACAGGAACAGAGGACUUGCUUAUAAUACCUUGGACAGAAGAGGUGACUGAUGUUGAAACCACUGAAUCCCCACUUGAUCUUAUUCCUGUUCUUCUGGAAGAUUCCACACAGGCAAUAAAAGAGUCACAUGCAAUGGAAGGCUUUAAGGAGAACUCAUUCCCAGAUGAAGGCACCCCAGAGAUAUCAUCUGAGUCUCUCCAGUGGGACACUCUCCCAUGGAUUCGUAUUGGACUCAUUGCCGGAGUCUUGCUGGUCACAGCGGUGGUCCUGUGCAUUCUGGGAGCUCUACAGAAAAUGUAAAAGAUAAAGCAGUAUAGAUAGAUUCCCACUUCUGCCACUCAGCUGACCUACGUAUUUGAAAGGAUUUGAGUUGGCUUCUGAGCUGAGUACACAAGGAAGAGCUUCCUUGUUUGAAGAAAAGGGUUACUAUGGUUGGCUCACCACAGAUGAUCUGGGGCUGAAACUAGACUGUGACUGUGGAGAAUAUACAAGCUAAUAAGUACAUUUUGGGGCUUAGAAUUUGGUUAACAACAUUCUUCAAAUUCUGUAAAUGACCUACAGUACCUGUAGGCAAACCAUAUGUCAAUCCUUGAGAGUGUUUGUUUGUGUGAAAAUAUUUGUGAUGUUGUUGGUGGGAAGUCCAGAAGAACGGCACGUUGAUGUACUGUAUGAUGGUUAUAUUUAACCACUAUUACUUUAAAUGGGUGCUAAGGAGGAAUUACCUGUACUACAAUAGUUCAUAUGUUAAAUUCAGCAUAAUGCACAUUUCUACAGCAUUAUUAUCAUCAUUCUAGGUUUUUUAUUUGUCAUUAUACAAUAGGAUUGCACAAUGAAAUGCAGUUGUAGCCCCCUCCAUGCCACACACAUAGAAAAUGUAUA